AGACUUUUUACUCUCGUUAUUUUGCUAGUAUACCCUUGUGAAAUUUCUGCUAAAUUUCUGCGGUUUCGUGCGGUUUGCAUUUCGAUUAAGACUUCCACAACAGUUUCGUAAGAUCAAAAUCAGAAAUUGAGAUGUCUUUAGAAGAGGCCAAGAGUGUGGUGGGGAGUGAAGUGAUGCCUUUGGAGUACGGUAGUAUGGAUGCGGAGAGCAGUCCGUCUCCAAUGAGUUCGGAGAGGACGGUGGAGGAGAGGAGGAAAGAAGUAGGAGUAGAGGAGGAGGAAGAGGAGAUCCCCUCAAAUGUGUUAGAGUCUGGGGGUGGCGUAGAUGGGUGCUACGACCUGGACUUAGAGAUAGUGUUUGAGGUGAGGGGGUAUGUGAGCGAAUUAGGUAGUAGGAGUAGCCUUGGGGGGUUAGUGGGGAACUGUAACCUUCCCCACCAUGUCCUAAUCCGGCCUGCCGGGGUGAAUGAGAGGGCAUGCUCAGCACCCCGAGACCAUUGGAUGCCCAUAUACCUGCAUUAUUUGAUUGCAGGGCUUAGGUUUCCCAUUCCAGAAUUACGGGCUGGGGGUGGAGGAGAAAAGGGGUGGUAUCACUUCGGUCCUCAGUCGUCCAGCAAAGAGAAUAAGAAUUUAUUCUCUCCUAGGCCGUCAUCCAUCAAAGGAUGGAAAGAAAAUUUCUUCUUUGUGGAUGACACCGAGUGGAGUAGGAGGGAUGCCGAAGUGGAACAGUUGUCUGCUUGGAAAGCAAAGAAAUCCAAGCAGAACAACUAUAAAUUGAACGAGGAUGAGGUGGAAGAAGUGAAGAAAUUGGUGAGGGAGGACGGAGACAUGGUGGACAUCCUAUACCUCACCAGUCCACAGGCAAUAGAUGCUGCUGAGCUCUAUGGGCCAAGCUCAUUGAGCGAAGCUGAGAUGGAGGAGUUUACCAAUGCUGCUGGGGGGCUGCACAUUCCAAAGAAGCCAAGGAAGAAGUCAACGACUUCAGCUGCGGCGAACAGAGGGGUGCCCGAGAGAGAGUGCCUUCCCAGUACUUCUGCCCGUGCCAUGGAGGUGCAGCCAAGGCCGGAGCCUGUGAUAGGGGGCAGCGAGGAUGGAAGCGAGGAGACGGCUCCGCUCCAGAGGAAGAAGAGGAGGGUGGCAGAGCUAGAAAGCAGGGGGGAUGAGGUGGUGGAGUUCGUGCCUCAACCUUCUCCUCCAGAAAUCGUUCCUGAGGUCCGGGAGAGGGAAGAGGCCGAGGAGCAAGGCCUUAGUGGGGGCAGGGAGCGCACCCCACCCCACGCGUACCAAAAAAGUUUGUUUGAGGCGACAAACAUGACUGGGGCGAAGCACUUUCUCAACGCUACGCUUCCUGAGGUGGAUAGGAUGCAAGCGAAGGACGAGGUGCGUAGCCAUGCGGGGUAUACCGUUGUGAGGCAUGCUCUAGAGAGUGCGAGCUGGACAAACGCUCUAGCGCAGGAGUAUACAGAGAGCGUUAGAGAUCGUGCCAGCUUGCAAAGGCAGUGCGACCAGCUUCAGAGGGAGAAGGAUGAGUUGCAGAAGGAGAAGAUGGAAUGGGAGAAGCAGAAGAGGGAGAUGCAGAGGAGGCUGGAUGAAGUUCUCCCUUCAGUGACCGAGCUCCAGAACGAAAAUGAUGUCCUGAGCACGAAGCUCGGCCUCGAAGAACGUAAAAGGAAAAUCUACGAGGAGAAACUCGAGGCUCAGGACAAAUAUAUGGAGAAGAUGAGGAAAGCAGCUGCGGAGCUGAAGAAGAACGUGAACAUGCUGGUUCACAAUGGGAUGGAGGAGCAUAUUGGCAACUUCCUCAAUUCCAGCACCUUCAAGGACAUCCUCAAACUCUACCGGCUGCCAACCGCAAUCGUGGCCUUCACCGACUGUAGAAAGAAAGUGAAGGCCCAGUACCCAGAGGUGGACGUGACAACAGUCACCUUUGGGGAACAAGAAGAAGGGGUGAAGGAUGAGGUGGAAGGUUGCUGGGGACCUGACCUCGUCCAAGAGGCUGAGACGAGUUUCCCCCUCGGGCUGACCUAGUUUUAACCAUGAUAAAAGCAACAAAAGAGCCUUUAGUUCAGAUUCCCACAGACGGCGCCAAAAUGUAACUGCACCAAACCGGAAGUCCUUCUUCAAUCCGUAUCUGCACUCUGGAUUGACCUGCAAAGCCCCGAGGUGGAUCCUCAGGGUAGACACUCCGAUGCUUAAGUCAGCAAUAAUCGGGGUUACCUUUG